GCAGCAUUGCGAUCCUGUCACUGACGGGCAAAUCCGACCCAUUUCCCUUAGUUGCCCUACUGUCAGCAUUCCUCCUGGCUAUCGGCCUGGACACUGCUUGCAUUCUUCCUCGUUCAGUGGCCAACAUGGAUACGAAUCUCUUACGCCCCGCCUAGCCAAACCCGGCACACUCUGUUGGCUGUGCUGGUUGUCUUUUAAGUCGCUGGCUCUCCCCUUCGAGUGGGCGGUAGGCCCCCAUGCGAUCGCCUUCAUCAUGACUGCCAAAUCACUUACCACGUUCACGGAGGUCUUCUUUGCCAAUCCGGGGCAAGCAACUAACGCAACACCGUCAGUGAAUAAUAGCGCCGCGUUCUCCUUGAAGCUCGAUCAUACCGUACAGACACUGUCAAGAAAAGGCGCCCCUGGCAGAGGCCCAAUCGAAGGAUUUCUCUUCGUCCCCAGCCUCGAUGCUGCCGACGCGUGCAACAAUGCCACUGCUGCAUACGUUCCUGCCAACGUGACUCGCCUCGACGAUAUCACCCCGCUCGGGAACCGCAAAAUCGGCCUGGCGCCCUGGAUCAGUGUUGACUGCACGCGAGCGUUCCUCAAUGCUUCACAAGACGCUGGAACUGAUGCGCUUGUAUUUUUCCAGCCCGAUAGCAAUGAUUCCCAACCACCGCCGGCAAGAGAUCCAACAUGGUCCUUAGGGGAUGAGGACGACUGGAAGAGCACAAACAAGUAUCCGGUGUAUGCGAUACCCGGGCCGGCGGGUGUCACCCUGAUGGAGAGGCUAUCGUUGUACGGAACUGUGAACGACCCUGACGGUGGGUUUCAGUCCGAUUACCAGUUGAUUUCCGUGAUUGAUAUAGAAAGCACCAGCCAAACCAUGCCUAGUCUCUGGGGCUUCAUUCUAGCUAUCUUGGGAACGAUCCUUGUAUUGAGUGUGGUUCUGCUCGUGUUCUAUCAGCUCGUACAGAGGCGGCAUCGACAGACCCUUCAACGGCGCAUGGAGAGCGGGGACAUAGAUCCGGAGCAUCUGGGGAUGCAUCAGCUACGGGUCCCACCGGAUUAUUUGGAUACAAUGCCAGUAUAUGUCUAUGGAAUCGAGACCAACGCUGAUCACGACCACGGAUCCGAGGAACGGCCUGCUAAAGAUACAGCCCAUUCGCAUGCUCAUCCCACCUCAAUGGGAUCUGCAGAAACGAUCGUCGCCAACGUCAAAGCUGACCACCGUGACACUCCACCCCGAUUCUCCUCAGAAACAAUCAUACCCAGGCCAGAAGCCGCCCGGUUGAAGGAAGUCGAAGGCAGAGCCGCAUCCAUUUACUCCUCCCGAAGCGGGAGCGGCACUUACUCCCCCCCGCGAGCAAAUGACAGGUGGCAGAAACAUCGACUAAGCCGAUCACAGACGACCUGCGCGAUCUGUCUGGACGACUAUGUGUCGGGGGAGUCCACCGUGCGAGAACUACCGUGCGGACAUAUCUUCCACCCGGACUGCAUCGACACUGCAUUGACCCAGUCCAGCAGUCUGUGUCCACUGUGCAAGAAGAGUGUACUGCCAGUUGAGCGCUUUCCUGCGCCAGAUAUUCUGAUGCAGAUGGCGGGGAAUUGAGAGGCGAAGUACAUCAAGAACCUUCCUCCAGUGUGCUAUCAUCGCCACAGUUCUUAUUACAAAAACCUGGGACUCAAAUAAGUGCUCUGGCACCAGCUUCGCUCGGUGAAUUCUAGAACAACAUUCAGCAUACCUUCGGCUAUCAGUGGAUCACCUCGCAUGGAAUUGAUGGCACUGAAACUUGCAUACGAAAACCUGGUAUCGUCUGUUUCAAUUGCCUACGAGUGCAAUC